AUGGCCCCAUAUAUGAACCCGUCCGGGUCUACUUCCCCAGCAUCAGACUCAUCUCACACCAAUUAUCAUGGCCCAACAGAAAAUGGAGUACCAGUUGCGAUCUGCGGUAUGGCACUUCGCCUUCCAGGAGGUAUUUCCACGCCAAAUGAAUUCUGGGACUUCCUAGUUAAGAAACAGGAUGCACGAGGUCUUGUCCCUAAGUCGAGAUACAAUUCCUCUAGCUUUUACUGCAAGUCUCGCAAGCCCGGCCAUAUCGCCACUCAAUAUGGAUACUUUCUCGACGAAUCCGUGGAUAUCGGUGCUCUCGACACGAGCUUCUUCAGCAUGCCUAAGAUCGAGGUAGAACGGGCAGAUCCGCAACAGCGAAUUCUAUUGGAACUUACCAGGGAGUGCCUCGAAAGUGCCGGAGAAGUUGACUACCGCGGCAAGACUAUUGGAACAUUUGUUGGAUCGUUCGGUGAGGACUGGCUGGAAUUAUUCGUUAAAGAUCCCCAGCUAUAUGGUACCUAUAAGAUUACUGGUUAUGGCGACUUUGUGCUGUCGAACAGAAUAUCGUACGAAUAUGAUUUCAAAGGACCCAGUAUGGUCAUCCGCACUGGUUGCUCUUCGGCUUUGAUCGGUCUUCAUGAGGCAUGUAUGUCGAUUCGGUACGGCGAAUGCAACUCCGCCAUUGUAGCUGGUACCAAUCUAAUCAUGGCCCCGGGACUCACCGUCUGUAUGUCUGAGCAAGGAGUUCUAUCUCCGAACGGUUCGAGCAGAACAUUCGAUGCUGAUGCCGAUGGAUAUGCACGUGGAGAAGCGCUUAACAUGGUCUACAUCAAGAGGCUUGACCAUGCAAUCCGUGACGGCAACCCUAUCCGUGCUGUUAUCAGAGGCACGUCUAACAACGCCGAUGGUAAGACACUCGGUCUCAGUGUUCCAAGCUCCCAAUGUCACGAGGCAAUGAUUCGCAGAGCAUACCACGUAGCCGGGAUUUCGGACAUCGCAAAGACCGCCUACGUUGAGUGUCAUGGUACCGGAACCGCAGCCGGCGACCCAAUCGAAGUAGCUGCAGUGGCUAAUGUUUUCGGCGACACGGGGGUAUACAUUGGCUCCGUGAAGCCAAACGUUGGUCAUUCAGAAGGAGCAUCUGGAAUCACGUCACUUAUCAAGGCAAUUUUAGCACUAGAGAACCAGACUAUCCCCCCUAACAUCAAGUUCAACAAGCCCAACCCUAGAAUUCCAUUCGAGGAAAAGAAGCUCAAAGUUCCCAUCGAACCUACCCCCUGGCCAGAGGAUAGACACGAACGUGCUUCUGUCAAUUCCUUUGGUAUUGGUGGCGCCAACGCUCACGUUGUUAUUGAGUCCGCAAGAAUGUACUUCGGGAACGCUCAAAUAUUGGGCCAGAGACUGUCACCUGUAAAGACUCAGCUGCUGUUGUUUUCCGCCAAUACUUCGGACUCGUUAAGACGACAGGUUGUCCAGAAUCAGAAAUAUAUCGAAGACUUCCCCGAGGCAGCAAACGAUAUGGCGUAUACUCUUGGUGUAAGGCGUACACACUUACCACACAGGACAUUUUCGGUGGUAGACAAAGGCAUCCUAGCCAGUACGGCGCCUUUUAUCAAGGCACCCCCAUCACCACCCGACCUCAUUAUGAUCUUCACCGGCCAGAGCGCACAGUGGCCGCAGAUGGGUCUCGAGCUUCUCCAAUCAAACGCCACUUUCAAGAAGUCAAUCUACCACAUGGAAAAUGUCCUUAAAGCCCUCCCCGACCCCCCUACUUGGUCUCUAAUAGAUGAAUUGACCAAGCCAGCUGAGACAAGUAAGCUGGACAAAGCUUAUCUCUCCCAGCCCUUAUGCACCGCGAUUCAGAUUGCUCUAGUCGACGCGUUGUCUGAGCUUGACAUCAAACCUUUUGGUGUGGUUGGCCACUCAUCCGGCGAGAUAGCAGCCGCGUAUGCUGCUAAGAAAAUUACCGCCGAAGAAGCCAUCAUUGCCGCGUACGACCGUGGUAUCGUAUCCGACAAGGUGAAAAGGCCAGGGGCCAUGGCUGCCGUUGGCCUAGGUAGGGAAGAAACGACACCGUUCCUAGUGCCCGGCGUCAUCAUCGCUUGCGAGAAUUCGCCUUCUAGCGUCACUAUAUCCGGCGAUAAAGAAGCGGUAGAUGACGUUUUGCAGGCGAUACAUUCAGAGAAGCCUGACACAUUCGCUCGCGCUCUGAAGGUUGAAAAGGCGUACCACUCCCAUCAUAUGACGGAGGUUGGCGAGACGUACAAUAGCCUAGUCUCUCGUCACGUCGGAAGUAAAUCAAAAUACGCAGUUUCUAAGAAUAUCGAGCACAGACCGGUCUUCUUCUCUACCGUAACAGGAAAAAGGCUCCUCGACACCGAUGUCACAGAUUCUAGAUAUUGGCAGUCAAAUCUUGAAUCUCCUGUACUUUUCAACACUGGGGUUGCCAACUUGGUCAUUUAUCAUAAUGCUAAUAGUAAGGCGAGCCUUAUGUUCUUGGAAAUCGGGCCUCAUUCGGCAUUGGGUGGACCGCUCCGUCAAAUUCUUGCAAAGUCGUCCGCUAGUUAUCCAUACGUAUCUUGCCUCGUCCGUGGUAAAAAUGGAAGCGAGACUUUCCUUUCGGCUGUCGGUCAGCUUUGGGUCCAGAACGUACAGAUCAACCUCAACCGCCUAACCAAUCCGGAUGGCACCGCUCGCGUUGUCCCAGAUUUGCCCACAUACCCUUGGCAACACAACGACUCCUUUAUGUUGGAUAAUCGUAUCGCUAAGGAAUGGCGGUUCCGCAAAUUUCCCAAGCAUGAACUAUUAGGCAUCCGUGUUACAGAAAGCACAGACGGCGAGCCUGUCUUCCGGAACGUUCUGUCGCUUGAUCAUAUUCCAUGGAUACAGGACCACAAUAUCAAAGGGGAUAUCAUCUUCCCAUGCGCGGGAUACGUAGGCAUGGCAGGUGAAGCGGCCCGUCAAUUAUGCGAGGGUUCGUAUACAGGUUUUGCUUUACGCCAAGUCGUCAUUGACGCGGCCAUGGUCUUAACAGAAUCCAAAUCAACCGAGAUCAUCACCAGUGUACGUCGAGCACCGCUCACCGAUACUCUAGACAGCACAUGGUGGGAUUUUAUCGUCAGUUCGUACAAUGGGACAUCGUGGACGAAACACUGCUCGGGCCAAUUCUCUGCCCUAACCAGCCCACCAUUAAGCGAUAGAGCAGAAGACGCAUCUAAACUUCCCCGUCUAGUCGAGUCCGCGAAGUGGUAUCAAGCCCUCGGAAAUGUCGGGGCAAACUACGGGAAGGAUUUUCAAGGCUUGUCUAAUUUAUCAUGCUCGACGACGCAACACCUCUCUAAGGGGAGGGCGAUACACACGGUUGACAUCGACGAUAGCAUCUAUUGUGUUCACCCCACCAAGGUUGAUUUCUUCCUCCAACUAUUCAGUGUUGCCGCAACCAACGGCCUAACACACAAGUUGGAUAAGAUGAACGUCCCAACAUUCAUAGAAUACAUGGAGACCUAUAAAUGCGACUCGGAGAUCGACAUUGCUAUCAGAGCAACCCAGACUCGGCGUGGUGUCCUGUGCGGCGGGGGUGAGGGAUUCGGCGUCGAGGGGAAAAUGGCGCUCAAGAUGAAAGGUGUAAAGCUGAGUCCUAUCGAAGGGGACGCCGCAGCCGAGAACCCCGAUCCUCAUGCUGGCGCCAGAACGUUCUGGCGACCGGAUAUCGACUUCGUCGACGCAACAUCCUUGAUUAUCCCACACAAAGAGCAAGAGCAGUACAUGCCUAUAUGCGAAGAAUUUCACCGUGUCUGCGUCCGCGAGGCUCUCGUUCGUCUUCGAGGCGUUCUAACAGAUAUCCCCCAUUUCCGAAAGUUCAAAGCAUGGCUAGAGAAGCAGCCUGAGCCUGAGCCUGGGAGCUCAUUUGAUUUUCUUGCCAACAUCCUAUCUCCAACCACGAUGAAUCCCUUAGUAGUUGCGUUCACUAAGAUUCUCGAUAGCAUAGUCCCCAUGUUUAAAGGUGAGAUCGAUCCAGUCGCAGUUCUAAUGGAGGACAACGCUCUGACGAAUAUUUACACUUAUCUCGACCUCUGUAAUCGCAAAGAAUUGUUCCAGACCCUGGGCCACGCGAAACCAAACCUUCGUGUUCUCGAGGUUGGGGCUGGUACAGGUGGCCUCACAAACACUAUCCUCAAGAACCUCAGAAACUCGGAGAAUGGUUCUCUUAUGUAUUCCGAGUAUACCUACACUGAUAUCUCAUCCGCGUUCUUUAGCGCCGCCAAAACGCGGUUCGAGGCAUACCCUAACAUGAGCUUCCAGGCGCUGGAUAUCACCAAGGACCCACUCGCUCAGGGGUUUGAAGGAGGUUCGUACGAUCUCAUCGUUGCCGCAAAUAUCUUGCACGCCACACCCAGUCUUAAAGAAACACUCGGCAACGUACGCAAACUGCUCCAUCCGGAGGGUCGUUUAUAUAUGGAAGAAUUGUGCCCCGAAAGUAAAGCCAUCAAUUUUGUCAUGGGUAUCUUCCCAGGAUGGUGGCUUGGUGCAGACGAUAAUCGAGUAGAUGAACCUUAUGUCCCCCCUGAGAGGUGGGAUGAGUACUUGCGUCAGGCUGGCUUCGCUGGUUUGGAACAUGUAGCUCUCGAUUGUCCUCGGCCGACACAAUUCGAUGCCAUUAUGACAGCCAAGCCAGCAGUUGAGAUUCAACGGCGCCGCGCAACGACUGUCAUUUACGGUGACGACACUUCGAUUAUUGCCGCACAACUGAAGGAAAAGCUAGAAUCGGACGGUUAUACAGUUGGAUUGCACCAUUGGGGAGAGCCAGGCCUUCCCACAGAUGAGGAUAUGCUUGCUGUGGUCGAUCUUAAUAAGCCCAUAUUUGAAGAUAUUGGUCGGGAUGGUUUCGCGGCCUUCCGCAAAUUUGUGUCCGAGGUAUCAGAGUCCGGUGCUGGCAUCCUCUGGCUUACCCGGGCCUCUCAAGUCAGAGCUCAGGACCCUCGUUGGGCACAAAUCAUCGGCGCUAUGAGGACAAUUCGUGGCGAGCUGAGUGCCGACCUUGCCACAUGCGAGAUGGAUCAGGUCAACACUGCGAAUUUGUCCGCGGCGUUGAAAAUAUUCCAGAAAUUCCAUAAUCGAAAGCGGGAAGAAAAUCUACAUCCCGAGUAUGAGUAUGCCAUCGUGGAUGGGGUUGUGCACAUACCCAGGAUAUAUCCUGUCACAGUUAACGAUGAACUGCGCGAACCACGGCUGGAUGAGGCGUCCGAAGUAGGAUACGACCUUAGAGUUGGCAAGUACGGACGGCUGAAUACCUUAGCGUGGACUGCGAUCUCAUUGAAACCCUUAGUAGGGGAUGAAAUUUUAGUUGAGACGAAAGCUUUCGGGAUGAACUUCAAGGACGUCCUAGUCGCCAUGGGCAUCGUAGAGAAUAGAGUCAAGACAACGCUCGGUAUUGAAGCAUGCGGUAUUAUCAGCAAAGUUGGCCCAGACGUCAAGGAUCUUCGUCCAGGAGACAGAGUGUUCUUAUUUGGAGAAGGUUGCUUCUCAACCCAACUGGUCCUACCGCAGAAGGUAUGUGCUAAGAUCCCCGACUCCCUCAGCUUCGACGAUGCUGCAACCAUGCCCUGCGUCUUCGCCACCGUCAUAUAUGGGCUUCUUGACGUCGGCCAACUACAAGAGAAGCAGACGCUACUGAUCCACUCGGCUUGUGGUGGUGUCGGACUCGCAGCCAUCCAAGUGGCCAAGAUGAUUGGUGCAGAUAUUUACUGUACCGUGGGCAACGAAGAGAAAGUCCACUAUUUGAUGUCCACCUUCAUGAUCCCAAGGAACCGCAUAUUUAAUUCCCGCGAUAAGUCGUUCUUAGGGGAUAUCAUGGCGGCGACGAACGGCCGCGGAGUAGACAUGGUUCUAAACUCCUUAUCGGGAGAACUUCUUCACACAUCCUGGGAAUGCGUGGCGGAAUUUGGAAAGAUGAUCGAAAUCGGAAAACGCGAUCUUAUCGGCAACGGGAAACUGGCAUUAAACGUUUUCGAGCUGAAUAGGAGCUACCACGGCAUAGACUUGGGCCAUAUUAUGGAUGUGAGAAGAGAUCUUGGUAACAGCCUACUCAAAAGAAUCGCCAAGUAUUACGAACAGGGUCAUAUUCAACCCAUCAGACCCGUCAAGAUCUUUACGGCCGACGCCAUCGGGGAUUGCUUCCGUUACAUGCAAAAGGGCCAGCACAUCGGGAAAAUCACAAUCACUCUAGAUUGUCCGGAAGCUAAGGCUUUGACGAAACGGCAGCCGACCCGGAACAUUCAAUUCCAAAGCAACGCCUCUUACCUACUCGUCGGUGGUUUAGGUGGCCUUGGCCGUGCCGUCUCUAAUUGGAUGGUUGAGCACGGCGCUCGCCACCUGAUAUUCCUCUCACGUCGCGCCGGCGAGACCGCAGAGGAUCAAGCCUUCUUUGAGGAACUGAAAAGCCAGGGGUGUAAGGCUACUGCUGUGAAGGGCAGUGUCGCUUCUCUCUUCGAUGUAGAGCGCGCUGUGACGGUUAGCGGUAUCACCCUAAAGGGAAUAUUAAACGUCUCCAUGGUCUUACGGGACCAGAGCUUCAUUAAUAUGUCGUACGACGACUGGAAACAAUGCGCGGACCCCAAGGUACUGGGGACGUGGAAUCUACAUAACGCAACCGUAGGGCGCGGGCUCGAUCUUGACUUGUUCGUCCUCUUCAGUUCAAUCUCAGGGAUCGUAGGUCAGAGGGGUCAAGCCAAUUAUUCCGGCGCCAAUACAUUCCUCGACAGCUUCGUGCAGUACCGUCAUAGCCUCGGUCUCAAUGCGUCCGCUGUUGAUAUAGGUGUUAUGCUUGACCACGGCUAUGUCGCCGACAACCCCAUGGUUCGUGAACGUCUCCUAUCGCAGGGUAUCUUCGGCAUUCGUAUCGCCGAAAUGCUUGAUGCCCUUACCGCUGUUAUCGUCGCCCCACGCCCAGCUAUCCAGGACGCCAAGAGCGCACGCUCCAAGCCGUUUGUCAGCCGCAGUGAGCUGCUCAUAGGCAUGCGUAGCACUACAGCUCUCACUGACGUAUCCAACCGUGUGCCUUGGAAAGGCGACCGCCGUGUGGGCGUGUAUCUAAACAGCAGUUCCGGUACUUCGCCGACGAGAUCCGCAGCGACAUCAAGCGAGCUACUAUCAUUCAUAUCAUCAGCCGUCAGCAACCCAGCGGUUCUUUCCACACCAGACGCGGUUAUCUUCGUCGCGAUUCAGAUUUCGAAGCAGCUCCUAAACCUACUUAUGAAGCCCGUAGAGAGCGAUACCGAAAUUGACAUCAACCGGACUCUACAGGAAAUGGAAUUCGACAGCCUCGUGGCAGUAGAAAUGAGGAGCUGGUGGAAAUCGACUUUCGGCUUCGAUAUUAGCGUUUUGGAGAUGCUGGGAGCGGGCAGUAUGAAGGCACUGGGCGAGAAAGCGGUAGAAGGUUUGAGGGUGAGAUUCGGCGCAUCUGAGAAUGAGGAUGACGGCGCGGUAAAGAAGUACACGCAUGAAGAGGUAAUUCUGACGAAGAUGCCAUGA